AUGCCGAAGCGGCCGCUCGACGACGUCGUGCUCGUGAUCCGCGGCACCGUGAUUGACAGCCCAGAGCUGACGACGCUGCGCGUGCGCACCCACGCCGUGCUCGGCGUGCGCGCCAUCGGCACCGUGCUGCGCGAGGGAGGAGAGGUGGUGCUGAGCCGCGGCUGCGUCAUCCGUGACCUGCCGGCCCGCGGCUUCCUCUGCCCCGGGCUGGUGGACACGCACACGCACGCGCCGCAGUUUUCGUUUACCGGGAUCGGGCGCGGCUCUCUCCGGCAGCGGGUCGAGUGGCCGGACGAGUGA